AUUAUUGUACCCGUUUAAUGUUAUUUGCAGUAAUGUUACUGUUCCUCUGAAGUAUAAAUAGCGGAUAUUCGCUAAGGAAACAAUAGGUCAGCUGUAAUAUUUUGCUGUCAGAGAUAGAGAAUAGCUGCAUUAGCACUACAGCUAAUGUUGCUAAAGCAAUGUCUCGUAUUUUUGAUUCUGCAAUCGCAUGCUGACGAUAUGAUCCUAAACAGAUGUGGAGCUGUGACACUGUAAUGAAGAUUAUUAAUGAGGAGGAAGGAAACGCAGGAGACGCUGAAGAACACAGAGACUUCAUUGUAGUCAAAGUGGAAAAUGAAGACGAGAGAGUAAUAAUAGAGGAGGAGCAGGAGGAAUCUCAGUAUGGUGCAGUUGGAGAAACACAAGCUCAUCCUGCAGACCCUGACAAGCCUUUCACCUGUCCUCAAUGUGGAAAGAGCUUCAGAAGUAAAGGACUUCUCAGAAGCCACAUUAAGAUCCACACUGGAGCGAAACCCUUCACCUGCCCUGAAUGUGGGAAGAGCUUCACAAAUAGAGGAAGUCUUCGAGUUCACACCCGACUGCACACCGGAGAGAAGCCCUUCACAUGCUCUCAGUGCGGGAGGAGUUUCACACAGUUAGGAACGCUUCAUAAACACCAGCGAAUCCACUCCGAGGAGAAGCCGUUCGCCUGUGACGAGUGUGGAAAGAGCUUCAAGUGGGAGAACGGCUUCCAGAUCCACAAGCUCAUUCACUCUGGAGCAAAGCCGUUUGACUGUGAUCAGUGCGGGAAGAAGUUUGUGAAGGAGUCCCACCUGAAGGACCACAUGAUGUCCCACACUAACGAGAAGCCCUACUUGUGUUCGGUGUGUGGGAAGGGCUUCGCCAGGCUGUCCACGUUUAAAACCCAUCAGAACAUACACGCGGGUGUGAAGGAGUUCGUGUGCGCAGACUGUGGGAAAGCCUUCACCACGUCAGCUGAGCUGAAACAGCACCACAGGAUCCACACGGGAGAGAGACCCUACAAGUGCUCACACUGCGAGAAGAGCUUCAGACAGCUAGGCCCUUUACAGCAACACCAGAGACUCCACACCGGAGAGAAACCCUUCCAGUGCCAUCGCUGUGGGAAGAGAUUCACUUAUCACAAGUCUUCAGUCAUUCACAGGGAGAAAUACUGCCCCAAACUAACAGAACUAUCAGUGUGACUCGAACCAUACACUCCAUACACAAGCCAGACACUGAGGGUCUCAUUCAUUCAUUUUCCUUGGGCUUAGUCCCUUUAUUUAUCACCACAGCGGAAUGAACCGCCAACUAUUCCAGCAUGUUUUACACUGCAGAUUUCCCUAAAGCUGCAACCUAGUACCGGGAAACACCCAUACACACUCAUUCACACACACAUUCAUACACUACGCCCAAUGUAGUUCACCAAUUCCCCUAUAGCGCAUGUGUUUGGGCAUGCAAACCCCACUCAGAAACGCCAACUGAGCCAGCCGGGACUCGAACCAGCGACCUUCUUGCUGUGAGGCCACAGUAAUAACCACUGAUCUGAGUCUAAUUCAGGUCAACAUGUGCUGUUUUUGCUCAUCUACUCUCUGCAAAUGUCACAGUAUGGCUAAAUAUGUGAUUAAAUCUGAUUUAACGUCCACAAAGUUUGCCGUCCUGUCGUGUGAUUGAAGCGUCCUCGUUUAUAGUUGUGUUCACUAUGAGAUACUGCUUUUUGAAGAUCAACAGAUCGACCGUUUAAUCCCAGUCUCUCUGCAAAUCCUGUCCUGUGGACAUGUUUAUAUGUGUUACUAUGGAGACAUGUUAAUAUGCUCCUGUCAAUCAAUAUUUGGGGGCGGAGAUAACUGCUCUGCUACAUCACUCCGCUCUGGGCUUCAAAGUCACUGUGAUUUGGAUCUUAUUGUAACAUCAGCAAUUAAUAAAAGAGAUCAAAUCAAAUCA